AUGUUGCAACCCAGACUUCUGGCGCCCUUGAGGGCGCUGGAACGGGCCAUUGCUCCCUCACUCCGCUCAGCUCAAAGCGCCUACCGGCCUCAAUCCAUCAUUCCGCGAUCUCUUACCGCAUCGCUCUCCGUCCCGAAGACAACGCCCUCCAUUCCUCGCACCCUCCUACCAUUCUCACAAGUGCGUUUCGCCUCGCACGCAUCCCAAGGAACUGCCAAUCGACACUCGCGCGAUCCCGCUGGAAAGCGCCUAGGUGCCAAGCGCACAGGUGGUGAAUACGUCGUUCCCGGAUGCAUCAUCUUCCGCCAGCGAGGAUCUAAGUGGUUCCCUGGCGACAACUGCGCGAUGGGACGUGACCACACAAUUUACGCUACUCAAGCCGGAUACGUCCGGUAUUACCUGGACCCAGAGCGUCACCCCGAACGUCGCUACAUCGGAGUCGUCUUUGAGAAGGAGGGAAGACUUCCACACCCUCGGAAUGCGCCCACCCGGCGCAGACUGAACAGGGUCACAAUCCCACGCACUGAGCCUGUCUCGUAUCAGUCUGAUAUGGUCGCCUCCAUCGAUGAGAACGGUACUGAAGUUGGCAGUGCCGAGGCCGUCAACGCCGAGUCCGGCCCUCAGCUGCGUCCUGGUUACAUGUACCGUGAGGCCAAUUGGGUUAUCGGUCGUGCUGCUGAGAAGGCUGGAAUUACCGCUAAGACAUAUGAUCGCAACAACCGUUGGCUUGCAUGGAGGAAGAGACAGGCUCGUGCCGAGCGGGCUGCCCAGAUGAAGAGUCUCAAGGGCAAGAAGAAGGCUUCCAAGAAGGCCAAAUAA